UACGCUUCGUCCAAAGCGGUCUUAGAGGAGUCACCUGUUGUUAUCGUCAGCGUCGUCGCCGUUGUUGUUGUCGUAGCCAUCGAAAAACGUCAGACUAACGGAUCGAGACACCGGAGGAACACGAACGCCGAAGCUUGGAGUACAGAAGUUACCGGACAGCCAACAGAAGAGAAACAUACGCUCGAGGAAGCUGUUUCCGUGGUCGGUGUUUGCCCAGCAACGUAACGUCGUAUUACACCGGUGAUCCUUCGUCGGUGGACUCAGCAGACGGCAGUGCAAAAGCUCCCCUGACAAACAGGACAGCCCGAAACGCGUGCACCGCGUUCAAGCUCCAAGAGUUUUCGCAAGAAGAACAACACGGCGGAUAUGAUGGCUGUUGCAGCGGCGCAAAAGAACCGCGAAAUGUUCGCUAUCAAGAAGUCCUACAGCAUCGAGAAUGGGUAUCCAUCACGACGACGAUCUCUCGUGGAUGACGCCCGUUUUGAAACGUUGGUUGUGAAACAAACAAAGCAAAGCGUUUUGGAGGAAGCUCGGCAACGAGCGAAUGACUCACAAGCCGAUCAGACACUUUGCUCUCAGGAUCAUUUGAAACACGAAACAGAACUAGUUUCGUCCAGUGACGACGAACAAUUGGAAACAUUGGCUUGCGCUGCCAAGGAUGGAGAAGCGAAAGCAGAAAUUUCAUCGGACAGUGAUGGCAAAGCAGAUGAUGAUUAUGAUAAUGACUCUGGAUUAACCGAGGAGGAAGUGGUGCUAGCAAAGACCAUAGCUGAGAGCCCCGAAAGCGAGCACACUGUGCAAAAGGCAGCGCUGAUUCUGCGCCUACGCGAAGGAAUCGGUUCCCUAGCGAGGAUCCUGAAGACGAUCGAGAACUUUAAGGGCACGGUGACCCACGUAGAGUCCCGUCCCUCUAGGAAAGAGGGCCUCCAGUUCGACGUCCUCGUUAAGGUCGACAUGACCAAACACAGCUUGUUGCAAUUGAUCCGAAAUCUGCGUCAAAGCGCCGCGUUGGACGGCGUCACUUUGCUCGCGGACAAUUCUGUUAGCAUUAAGGAUCCCUGGUUUCCCCGUCACGCUUCCGAUCUUGACAACUGCAACCAUUUGAUGACCAAAUACGAGCCGGAUCUGGACAUGAAUCAUCCCGGUUUCGCCGACAAAGAAUACCGCGCGCGCAGGAAGGUGAUCGCCGAAAUCGCGUUCGCCUACAAGUACGGAGACCCGAUUCCCAGCAUUCCUUACACCGAAACGGAGAACGAGACCUGGUCCCGCGUGUUCAAGACCGUCGAGGACCUGGUCCCCAAGCACGCCUGCGUCGAGUAUCAGCGAGUAUUCAAGAAACUGCAAGAGGAGAAGAUUUUCGAAGUCCAUCGCAUACCGCAGUUGCAAGAGGUCGGCGAUUUCUUGAAGAAGAAUACCGGAUUCACUCUGCGACCCGCAGCUGGACUGCUCACUGCCAGAGACUUCUUGUCGAGUCUCGCUUUCAGAGUGUUCCAGAGUACCCAAUAUGUUCGUCAUAUCAACAGUCCGUACCACACGCCGGAACCAGAUUGCAUCCACGAAUUGUUAGGACAUAUGCCGUUGUUGGCCGAUCCAAGCUUCGCUCAAUUCUCUCAAGAGAUCGGGUUGGCUUCGCUGGGUGCUUCUGACGAGGAAAUCGAGAAGUUGUCGACCAUCUACUGGUUCACAGUCGAAUUCGGUCUGUGCAAGGAAGGUCAAGAGGUGAAAGCUUACGGCGCUGGACUUUUGUCAGCUUACGGAGAACUGCUCCAUUCGUUGAGUGACAAAUGCGAGCACCGACCGUUCGAGCCGAUGACCACAGCUGUUCAGAAGUAUCAAGAUCAAGAAUACCAGCCGAUAUAUUACGUCGCGGAGAGCUUCGAGGACGCCAAAGAGAAGUUCCGUCGCUGGGUGUCUACCAUGAGCCGACCUUUCGAGGUGAGGUAUGACCCGCACACGCAACGAGUCGAAGUUCUCGACACCGUCGACAGGCUGGAGAAUCUCGUGUCUCAGCUGAAUACCGAAAUGACCCAUCUUACGAACGCCAUCAACAAAAUUAAGAAGUCCUUCGCGUAAGAACGAGGAGGAUCCAUCUCCGUGACACGAUACGGUUAUUCCUUUCGCGAAGCAUCUUGCUCGGUUCUCGACGUUUUCUCGGUACGCUCGAAUCGAGACUUUUCAAUUGGUUCCACUUUCGCGCGUUCCCGCCAUUAAUGAUAAUUUAAAAACGGAGAAGAAGAACAGGCUCGAAAUAUCGGCAGGACUGUCGCGCGAAAAGACGAGUCACAAAUAUUUAUCCGAAAAUACGUCGAGGUUUACGUAGGCCCGGUGAUUGCGCGUCACUUCAUCUUUAUCAUUCCUCGUUUGCAUCGAAUCGUUCUCACUGUGUGUAUAAAGUCGUCCAUUCGUGUAGUCGCGCGCAUGCGCAAGCUAAGCAAAAUGUCCGUUCGAAGCGGACUCGGGGCGUAUGCGUGCGCGGACCAAAUCGAUCGCUCGUAUUUCGCGUGAUGCGAGCACGUAAUAAGUUAAUUCUGCUCCUCGUUUUAUUUAUUGAAUUUUGCGUUCUCGAACGUCCGCACACGCACGACAUUUACUUUUUAAACAAAUAAAAAUCGAUUAUCGGAGAUUCUCUGCGCGUCCAAGGUAUUAUAUCGCGCUCAACAAUUGCGUCAGGGUUAUCUUCUUUCAUUGGAAACGAAUCGUGCGACCUGCACCGCUUUGAACGAAAACGCACCGCGCAUGUACGCGUAUUUUUUUUACGUUGUACGUAUCGUAUUACAUUUUUAUUCUAUUGCACUACAUAUUGUUAUCAUUAGUUUAGAUGUAGAGUAGUUUUGUGAUUGCGUACCAAUUUGCUGCACGUAGGCAAACGAUGACACUCCACCGCGAUAGAACGUUACCUGUGUGUCGUGUUCACUUAGAUCAGCUGUAUAGUGAGACGGCUAGUAUUACAAGGCAAUGUAUGUAGAUUAUUCUCGAUAAGUAUUGUAUUAACGAAACCCGUGUUCUUUGGGAAACACGCUCGUCUUUGACGAACGAAAGAAUUUAAUUAUUUUACAGAAUUACUUUACACUUUCUGGUUUCAAUCUCGCGUACGAUAACAGAAGUAGAGACAAGAGGCUCGCGUAGUUUCCCGAGAGAUUUGUUAGUAUUCACGAAAAGCUUCGAUAAGGAAGUGACAAAGUGUCGCAUUAGAGACGCACUGUCUACACUGGCGUGUAGCGAGAGUCCUUGCUUGUGCACCCUGCACUCUUCCCGUAGCUAACUCGUACCAAAUACAUUCCUGCGUUCACGUUAAUGCACGCGCCAUUUUUUGCGCUUAUUUGUAGAAACGGUCGGCGCGUACCCUAGAUUUCCUUUGUAUUAUAUUGUAAAGUACUCAAAGCAUAAUAAAAAUCCAAGAUAUGAAUCUUA